GGCGAUCCCGACCCGGAGCGCAUGGAGGGAAACGCGGUGCGGAGGAGGGGCCACGGUGCCCACCGGAGAUCCCGGCCAUAGGGGCGGGGAGUCUCCUCCUCCUCCUCCUCCUCCCGCAGCGAGGCUCCAGCUCCCCGCACGCACCGGAGCGCUCGGCUCCCUCCUCCUCGUCCCUCCUCCCUUCCCCUCCUCCCCGCUUCCCUCCCCGGGUCGCCGCGGCUCCGGGAGGAGCGGGGGGGCCCCCGCUUCCUUCCCUCCCCCCCUCCUUCUCCCACCCGCCACGCCGAGGAGAGGCAGGACCCUGUGUCCCUACAGUGGUUGUACUCUAAGUUUGUAUGAGGUGAUCCAGCCCUCAAAUUAUCAGGAAGAAAAGAAGCAACGAUGGGGUGCAUUAAAAGCAAAGAAGGUAAAGGCCCAGCUAUGAAAUACAGAACUGAAAAUGCUCCAGAACCUGUUAUUUCCCAUGUCAGUCAUUAUGGAUCAGAUUCCAGCCAAGCAACACAGUCACCAUCAAUAAAGGGAUCAGCAGUUAAUUUUAAUAGUCAUUCCAUGACUCCUUUUGGAGGGCCUUCAGGAAUGACACCUUUUGGAGGAGCAUCAUCUUCAUUUUCAGCUGUGCCAAGUACAUAUCCUAGUACUUUAACAGGUGGUGUUACUGUAUUUGUGGCCUUAUAUGAUUAUGAAGCUAGAACUACAGAUGACCUUUCAUUUAAGAAAGGUGAACGGUUCCAGAUAAUAAAUAACACGGAAGGAGACUGGUGGGAAGCAAGAUCCAUUGCUACGGGAAAGACAGGCUACAUCCCAAGCAAUUAUGUAGCUCCUGCAGAUUCCAUUCAAGCAGAAGAGUGGUAUUUUGGUAAGAUGGGCAGGAAGGAUGCAGAAAGGCUACUUUUAAAUCCUGGGAACCAGCGUGGUAUUUUCUUAGUAAGAGAGAGUGAAACCACUAAAGGUGCUUAUUCCCUUUCUAUACGUGACUGGGAUGAGGUCAGAGGUGAUAAUGUAAAACACUACAAAAUCAGGAAACUUGACAAUGGUGGAUACUAUAUCACAACCAGAGCACAAUUUGAAUCUCUACAGAAGUUGGUGAAGCACUACAGAGAACAUGCAGAUGGGCUGUGUCAUAAGCUAACAACUGUGUGUCCCACUGUGAAACCACAGACACAGGGACUAGCAAAAGAUGCUUGGGAAAUUCCUAGAGAAUCUUUGAGGCUGGAAGUUAAGUUGGGCCAAGGAUGUUUUGGUGAAGUGUGGAUGGGAACAUGGAAUGGAACCACAAAAGUAGCAAUCAAGACACUAAAGCCUGGUACAAUGAUGCCGGAAGCUUUCCUGCAGGAGGCUCAGAUCAUGAAGAAGCUACGACACGACAAGCUUGUUCCGCUGUACGCGGUCGUUUCUGAGGAACCAAUCUACAUCGUCACUGAAUUCAUGACAAAAGGCAGCUUACUAGACUUCCUUAAAGAAGGGGAAGGGAAAUACUUAAAACUCCCACAGCUGGUCGACAUGGCUGCUCAGAUUGCAGAUGGCAUGGCUUACAUUGAAAGAAUGAACUACAUCCACAGGGACCUCCGGGCAGCUAACAUUCUUGUAGGAGACAAUCUUGUGUGUAAAAUAGCAGAUUUUGGCUUAGCAAGGUUAAUAGAGGACAAUGAGUAUACUGCAAGACAAGGAGCUAAAUUUCCAAUUAAAUGGACCGCUCCAGAAGCAGCGUUGUAUGGUCGAUUUACAAUCAAGUCGGAUGUGUGGUCAUUUGGAAUUUUACUGACAGAGCUGGUAACUAAGGGGAGAGUGCCAUAUCCAGGAAUGGUGAAUCGAGAAGUUCUGGAACAAGUGGAACGUGGGUAUAGGAUGCCUUGUCCGCAAGGCUGCCCAGAGUCUCUUCAUGAGUUAAUGAAACUGUGUUGGAAGAAGGACCCUGAUGAGAGACCAACAUUUGAGUAUAUACAGUCUUUCUUGGAGGACUACUUUACUGCUACAGAACCACAGUACCAGCCUGGAGACAAUUUAUAAGCCAACAGUCUAUAUAACAUGCACAAAUCUGCCAAAUGUAAAAGACUUGCAAAGAAUUCCUGAAGUCUCUAAGGAAUCACAGGAAAGAAAAUCUUUGCUACUUUGCAUGCUCUUAAUGGCAAACUGGAAUUUCAUAAUGCAGUUGCACAAAACCACUUUUAAAGUGUUAUACUCUGAUUUACCAAUGACAUUUUUUUUAUUUUUUCCUCUUUCCCAACUUAUUUUCAGGGUCCAAAGGAAGCUUACUGAAAAUAUGGGGCAGAAAAAAUGAGUGUUGGUGUGAACAAUAGCAGAAAAACCAAUGUUUCAAAUCCUUUAUUCUCCCAGUAUUUGCUAAUCAUUGUACUAGUGAGGGAAUUGUCUGGAAUUUGUGAUCUUGGGGUAAGGCCUUUUUAAAGCAGAAGAACUUUGUGGGACCAAGCAAUUCUAUUCCAGUUCAGUAAAACUCCCUGUGUUUAAAACUACAUGUGUGUGCCCCCACCCCCGCAAAACAAAAGAUUUGAUUCACUGUAUUUGAUUCAUAGUCUCAAUCUUUAAGCUUCCACUUUCAUGGACUUAAUUAGAGUAGGCAGGUAAAAAGAGAAAUUGGAACAGUGAAUGAGAAACCUGAUCUAAACGGUAGACCUCAAUAGUGAGAUUAGGGAGCAUAAUGCACUGUGUUAAUACUUGUGUUAAUAUAACUGGAAAGUAGCAUGAGAGAUUUUUCCUUUUUUCUUUCUGCAUAGCUAAUUAAGAAUAAUGAAGGUAACUAGAAAAUGAGGUAAUAUUUUAUAAAAUUGUGUUGAUAAAGUAUGAUGAUAUUUGAACUUGAAGCUAUGUAAUACAAUCACGGGGGGAAAGCCUUUAAUCUUUUAAGCUCCAGUGGAACAGCGAGCUUUUGUAUGGGAAGACUACCUGAACAAAGUUACAAAGUUCACCAGGAAAGCAAGACUGAAGCUGGUAAAUGGCCACCUUUUAGUCCUUUUUCAGAGACAGGUUUGGUACUGUUGUAUGUGGCUUGCAAGUGUUAUUGAGGGUGGGUGCCACAAGUGCUAUCUGUCACUAGUUCAGGGAUUUGAUUGCACUUUUGCUUUUCUUGGCUAUUAAGACACACACACCAUUGCUCUUCCCACUUCUGCCCUUCCUACAGAAUUAUUUAACUAAAAAUAAGCGAAAGAAAAUGUGAAAGUUUAAAAAGUAAAGGGAUAAAAUAUAUUUAAUAUUGUCCAAGUAAUGAAAUUUGCUGGUGUUCAGCCCAGCUGACACUACAUCUAGAUUUAUUUUCUUUGGCUACUGACAUAUCAAGCAAUAACGUCAUGUCUUUUACUCAACAAUUUGCAUGAGGUUCUUGAAUUUCUGAUCAAGCUUAUGUACUUUAAUUUUUAAACACUCUUACUUAGUUACUGGCUUGGAAUUCAUAUUAUCAUUGUAAAGCUAUCCAACAAAUGAAUUCAGAAGAGCUGGUAAUAUAGUUCUGGUACUAAACUUAACAUUCAUGGGUUUACACUACAUUGAAUCCAACUACCAAACAGAUCUAUGUAGGAACAGUGCCAUCAUUUUUCAUUUUCCCUCAUCAACUGUACAUCUGUGGUUAUCAAAUUUUAAAAGGGCUUUCUGUAAGAAAAAAAAAAACAAAACAAAAAACACAUACACAAAAAACCCAAAAAAGAUGAUGAAAUUUUAAUUUUUCUAAAUAUUUUAAAAUAAUAACACAAUCAUAUGAGUUUAUGUAUUAAUAGUCAUAACAAAAAAUGCCAACAAUGACACUGGCAUUGUAUUGAUUUUUAAUUACUGAAUGGAACAGUUCAUUGUAAUAACACUUGUAUAGUAAAGGAAUAAAACACUAACUUAAUGAACGUGUUCAUUGUAAAUGGUUGUGUAUUAUAAAACUUCUCCAAAAGAGUUUGUAUGUUUAUGAAAAUUUAUUUGUUUCACCUGAAGACCUUGAUGUGGUUCUUACCCUAACAGAGUUUAAAAUUCACAUUCACACUUUUUAUAUAAAUAGUAAUAAGUUUAAUUAUGUAACUAAGUAUUUUUAUAAAGUAUGGCAUUGUUGAACUGUUUUGCAGAAUUGGUUCAAAAUAAAUUUCACCUUGAUUGCAUCUGCUUAUUUGAGGUGGCGGGGGAGAAGGUGGGAGGGGGACAAAAGCAGAGUAGCCUUCAAAUUGAGGGGAGAAGGACGGGAAUAAAACAUUCAUGAGGUUCUUUUUAUCCUCUGUAAAUUGUACUUCCAUGCAGGAUUGUGAGUUCAUUGUGCAUUAUUGCUGUUAAAACAGACAUUUUCUAGACCAGUUCACAGGUCCUUGGCAGGAGUGGGUUAGAACAAUUCUGCCUGGGCAUAAAACAAACCCCUCUGGUGGACAGACAGACAGACUUGGGAUUCUCGUGAGAGCAAGUCCAACGUCAACUCUCAGCUGGAGUCACUGUCAUGCUGUAAGGCAAGCACAUAUCCUCCCUCUUGCUUUCUCUGGGAUUAACAGCCACUGUUCACUUCUGUCUAAUUUUUCAGGGAAUUUUAUACAUUUGUUCUUGUGACAGCCAAUGUUUUAUCUCAACCUCAUUGAAUGUUACCUGUCUCAAUGACCAGUACGCUCAAAGUGCAGAUCCUGGCAUGUAUCUACAGUGCCACUGUAGGUCAAGGAGCUAGUACUGUUUGAGUUUCAAUAAUAACUAACACAGCACUAAAACCAUUCUUCUUACAGAACCUACAAACUGCAAAGUUUACUGUAUUUUUAGUAUUUCCUGUAAUGUAAUGUAUGUUUUACUAUUUUUAAUGAGAACAAUCAUGUAAUUUCUGGUAAUCUGUGCUCCUCCCUGUUGUCCAUCCAAACCUUGUGAUUCCCACUCUGCAUGCUAGGCCUGCAGACUGUUUCUGUCAUGCAUUGUUUCAGGCUGUAGUAUUUUAAGAAUAUUUUCAUAGUAUUUUUGAGUAAACUUCCAAACAUAAACAUGUGUAUGAGCCUACUAUUUAGAUAAAGUACAUUCUUACUUCAGUAUAAAGCAUUAUGAAAAGAACCUUAUGUGUUCUUAUCCUUGCAACCACUGAAUUGUCAUUUCACUAGGCUUGUGAGAAGGCCUUAAAAGUGAAAAGUAGCCUUGGAAAGGAUUGGAGGGGUUUUUGUUGUGUUUGGUGGGUUAUUUUGGUUGGUUGGGGUUUUUUGUUUUGUUUUGUUUAAAGAAAGACUUCUAGAGUUUGCUGAUGGGCAGAAACAAGGCAGAAUGCUGCCUUACCCACACUCAUCUACAAUACUAAUGUUUGUUCUAAAACACGUUUUCUGCAGCUGGAGUGAGUAUAAAGAAGUAAACUUAGAGCCCCCAUUUUUGUUAUUUAUUUUCAACUGUUCAAUAAACUUCUAAGUUUUUAAGUUUUCCAUGGA